ACAAAUAUAGAGGCAGUUUGUAAUCGCUCAGCUUGUCUUGAUCCCAUUAUUGUGGUACUUUUGUCUUCAGUUAUUUAUACCUAUGAAUAUAGGUGCAUACUGCGUGCUUAGCGAGUCAUCGACUCACUUUUUGUCCUUAUUUCCUCUACAGAUUCUCUCAUACCUGUGUGCUAGGGAUCCCUAUCCCAUAACGUAGCUCAAAGCUAUAGCCUUUUCUUAUAGAUACGAAGAAAUUACCAAAAGUUUAAAGUUAAACUUUAGUUUCUGGAAGAUAGAGAUAGUCGAGUACACUUUAAUGUCUUUUCCUCAAGAUCCAAUACUUUCGCAAAAUUUCAAACAAAUAUAACAGUUUUGAGAGACGUUCUGGCCAAUGGAAAUGCAAAAUUUUGGGAAUCAUUCGUCCCACAAAAAAAUAAAAUCUCAAGGGAUGAAGUAUUUUCACAUGGAUAAGCUGGAUUUCCACUGGGAAAUGAGAUGCAAAAAUUAAAUUUCAGAUGACCUACUAUCUCUAUAACAGGAGACUGAAUAGUGAAUUAUUUCGUAUAGUCUACGAGAAAGGAUCGGGGUAAAAAUUCUAGACUUUAAGAUUUGGAAUUGUGGUUAUUAUUUCCAUCAAGAGACAGGCAUCGAUGAUCUGACGUUCAAAUUUUCCAAACCCGUCUACUAAGAAUUUUUGGCUUGUAACCAUAGUAAUGAGUGAAUUUUGUAGAAAUAUCCACGAGGCAAUGUUGAGAAAUUGUCUCGCUCUUAAAAUAUUGUGCCACCUCAAAGAUAUUCAGUCUACUUUGAAAAAUUCCAAAAUCCUAUCGACCAACAUAUUUUUUAUUUGUUUCCUGAUGUUUUUCGUUGAAAAGCUAAUAAAUUUCUCGUCAUUCUGAUAACCGCGCAUAUUUGUUUCUCUCCUCUUGUCUUGUCCUGCCUGUCAAUUUUCUGCGUCUGAAAAGCUCAACAAAUUCUGCUGAGUAUUAACUCUGAUCGUGAAAUAUUGCCAGCUACCAGCUGUUGUUUUUGAAAUUCGAUGAUUGGACUGAUCCUCUGCAUUAGAUUUCUAAGCUCUUAUAAGCAACGUAACUUCGUGACAAUACCAAACGCUUUGGUAAAUGUAUUAAAAAUAAACCUUUUCCAUCGUGCAUGGACUUCGUUUUAUCUUCUAGUAUAAGUGAUUUUCUACUCAUUUUAGACCAAUUUGAAAGUCCUGUUUACAAGUUGUUGGUUUCCAACCUGUUUAUGAUGGGAUUUUUCAAGCAUGCUGUGUAAAAUCUCCAGAGUUACUCUUGAUUCUUAACGGUCCGGUAGUGUGUAAAUCAUUCUCUGGUAUGUCGCGAACUAGAACCUGUCAGGAAUUUUUAUCACUUCAAAUUGGCGCACGUAGUACAUACCUCAAACACCUGGGCGGGUUGAGAUUUUGCACAGCACCCUAACCUUAGCCUUAAUAUCUCCUAACCUGACUUGAAAUGCUUAGUAACAUUGAGAAAAGCAAAAACAUGCAGACCAAAACACUAGGUCGGCAUAUGAAGCUACUAACUGUUGGUCGAAAUGAGUAAGCUUCUUGAUCAGUAUCCGUACAAUGGGCACGAUCUAUUGUUAGGUCCCGGUUGAAAACUGAUUAUAGUGAUGCAGUUGUAUAUACUGCAUAUCUUACACAUCUGAUAUAACAUCCCAUGAAUUUUCUCGUGAGUUAUUCUUUAUUGUUUUUGAAAUGAACUUCUUACUUCUAGUUUUCUGUUACCACUCACAUAUGAUCAUAAUCUUGGUAGUUUCCUCUCUGUGAUAAAAUGUGGCAUCUUGGAGUGAUACAAAUUUGCGACAAGUCCUACGUCGUUAUUGACUGACCGUGUGUGACUAAACUGUACUACAGUUUCGGAAAGACUUAAUUUUAUUUGGGCAUGAAUAUCUAGUGAUAAGCCACAAGAUAUACACCAGUCAAGCGUGAUCUAUUAUGACAACUUAAUUAUCGAAUAGCUCCGUGUUCAGGGGUGUGAUUCUAGAGUGUUUUAUUAUGUAAUAGUAAUUAUGUAGCAUCUUAGCUUACAAUCAUCUUACAGAUUUUAUACCAUGAUUCCCUAGGUAAUGCAGUGUACAAGGUUGAUCCCAAGUUCUUUAAUUUCUAACAAAUCACAAUCAAUAAGAACUAUCAAUGUAGCAAUGGGACCCUUAAGGUCUCGCCAGAAAAUCGCCUUUAAGACAAGAUACCACUGGAUGUUAGACUUAAAAAAAAGCAAAGCUCGUGCAAAAUACCCUUGGAUUCCCAGGGAACCAACAACAUCCAUGGAAAUAUAUGGUCAGAAAAUUAUUUUUCCUGAAAUGUACUUGGAUUUUAUUGUACCUAACAACUUAGACAAAUGUGAACUAAAACCUUACGUCUCAUGGCAAUCAAAGCUAGUUGAGGAAGAACCACUAACAGCUGAAGUUUUAUUUAAUAACAGGUAUUCACAAAAAAUAACUGAAAUGUUUAAAAAUGGUGCAAGUAAUGAAGAAAUUAUGGAAUACUUGAAGAACACGAAUUGUUAA